CGUCAUCCUUGUGUUUUCUAAAACGGCAUUUCCUCUUCGCUUUUUGUAACAUCCAGCUCGUCUCCAGUUGGCCCCUGAAAUUCCACACCCUAAUUUGUUUCUUUAGGGUUUAUUUUUUCAAGAUCCAAAAAUCCAUUUUUUUUCUUGUUAUUUAGAGAAUCUGAAUCGAAAUCAAGUUCAUAAAACAUCUGAAAAACAAUUGUUUUGGAUUCAAUUAUUCCAGAUAUUUUAGAUUCCUUUAAAGUUUGAUCCGACGUUGGUUAUCAGAUGGCGGAUCAACAAGAAGAAGAGGAUCUUAGAAUGGCUCUACGGAUGAGCAUGCAAAACUCGCCGCCAGAGCCGAAGAGGAGCAAGCCGAGAGAAGCCGCGAACUUAGCGACGACGACGCCGGAAGAGAGUCGCCGGUUGCAGCGUGAACUAAUGGCAGCUGCAGCUGAGAAACGGAUGCUGGCGACGGGAAAAAGCGUUCCGGCUUCUGGUUCCCCUUUGAAAAGCGAUAGUGGCGGAGAUAUAGGAACCAAAGAGAUGGAAAUAAAAGCCAAAGAAGUGAAAUUGGGUAAUGAAUUGUCGGAGAAAGAAGCUUAUCAGUUAUUUUUUAUGGUUUUUGGAAAUGGUGUUUCGAAGGAUAUACUUGCUCAGUGGAGCAACCAGGGUAUAAGGUUUAGCCCUGAUCCAGAAACUUCUAUGAUCCUAGUGCAGCAUGAAGGUGGGCCCUGUGGUGUCUUAGCAGCCAUACAAGCAUUUGUUCUCAAACAUCUUCUUUUCUGUCCGGAUGACUUGGUUAAAGCUGCCCAAAGUACACCACAGAAUUCAACUCCCAGGAGAUUAUCCAAAAAUCAAUAUGUUGCAUCAAAUAAUUUUGCUGCUUUUACUGAAAAUGCAAAAGCAAGAGCCUUAGUUAAAAGUAUGGGUGAGAUAUUGUUUUUAUGUGGAAAUAAUAAAAGAGCUGUGAUUGCAACUUUGAGUUCUAUUGGUGAUGGUGUUGAAGAAUCUGAAGACAGUCUAACGGAUGUUAUCAUUGCACAAGCACUUGAAGGUCUUUCAAUUGAAUCGGCUUCUGAUUUGCAUGAAGUUUUAAGAGUUGAGACAUACACAACCCCAGCAAGUGCCUAUAAGAGGCUUGAAGCAAUUAUUCCUGUUUUUCAAAGUCGCAUGGGAGCAUUGCUUUUCCUUAUCUCUGCCUUACUUUCUCGAGGAUUGGACUGUGUUCAAGCUGACCGGGAUGAUCCCAGCCUUCCUCUAGUAACUGCACCUUUUGGGCAUGCUUCUCAGGAAAUUGUGAACCUAUUGCUCUGUGGGCAAGCUGUUCCGAAUGUAUUUGACGGAAGGAUGGAUUUAGGAGGUGGCAUGUUUUUGAAGGGUGUAUCUACAAAUGUGGAAGUCGGAUUCCUCACUCUUCUAGAAUCCCUUAAUUUCUGUAAGGUUGGCCAAAAUCUAAAAUGCCCAAAAUGGCCGAUAUGGGUUGUCGGGAGUGAGUCACAUUAUACGGUAUUAUUUGCUCUAGAUACAGCUGUUCAAGAUGAGAAUGAACUGGAAGCAAGAGAAUCACAGAUCCGGAAAGCUUUUGAUGCCCAAGAUCAGAGUGGAGGUGGUGGGUUCAUUAGCGUUGAAGGUUUCCAUCAAGUCCUCAGAGAGACGAAUAUCAGACUUCCAUCUGAAAAACUUGAUAGCCUUUGCGGCUCGGGCUUCAUUGUGUGGAGCGAAUUCUGGCAGGUUAUCUUGGAUUUAGACAAGAGCUUGGGAGGUCUUAAGGAUUCAACUGGACAGAUGGGUCAAAAGAUAUUCGAUCUCUACCAUUUUAACGGGAUAGCAAAAUCAGAUUUGAAUGGCAGCCAAUUCAGUUCCGGAGGUGAGACUCCGAUGCAAAGACCGAGGCUGACAAAAUUGAGGGUUUCAGUACCUCCAAGGUGGACACCAGAGGAAUUCAUGGCAGACGUAGCAGUUCUUCCAUCUGGUUCUGCAGGGGCACAACCAAGUGGUAAAGACACAGAAGUGGCUAAACCCGAACCUUCUCAACAUGCACCGUUGGUGGACUGCAUAAGAACACGCUGGCCUCGUGCGGUAUGUAAUUGGGUGGGGGAUCCCCCUAGUAUAGUCUGAAAAUCUGAAUGUGUAUAUUAAUCAUAUCUGGGGAUCCUUUUAGGCCCUUUGGAUCUGGGGAGAGCAAAAUUGAGUGAGAAAGAAAAGGGCACAUAUGAUAAACCUGGUUGGUUUUUAUCAUAAAUUCAGCAAAUGAGAGAAGAGGUUAAUUUUUUUAUUAUUCAGGGUUUGUUUCAGCUUUCACCAUUCCUGUGGGUUUAUUACUUUAUUUGCUGUAGCAUUGAAAUUCUUAAUUCAAAUUUCAGAUUUUAAAUA